GUUCAAGAUGGCAGUCUUGGAGUCGGGGAACGAUACUAUGGAUCAUCACGUCCACUAGACUAGCUGGAGCUUGUCACGUCGUCUCAGAUGCAGCUGACGAGCUCUGAAAACAAUUUGAGGUAGUCCCGGAGAAGCCUCGGGCGGAGUAAGUCGAGGAGAUUGAUGCCCAAAUGACCAUAAAUACACAAACAUCCGUCAUGGCCCUUUACUACGAGCAAACAGCUCAUUGGGUAGACAUCAUCGCCAAUAUAUAUCAAGAUGCAGAAGACAGACAUCGAAGCAGUACUCAAUUCUCUCACCCUAGGAGAGAAGAUCUCCCUUCUCGCAGGUCAGAACUUCUGGGAGACAGUACCAAUUCCUGGAAAGGUACCACACAUCAAGUGUUCAGAUGGUCCUAAUGGAGCUCGCGGGGCGGAUUUUACCGGUGGCACGAAGGCUGCCUGCUUUCCUGCAGCAAGCAACGUUGCAGCAACCUUCGACUUAGACAUCGCCAAUCGUAUUGGCCAAGCCUUGGCCGAGGAGGCCCAGAGUAAGGGUGCUCGGUGUCUGCUAGCACCAACAACAUGCAUCCACCGUCACCCUCUAGGCGGACGCAACUUCGAGAGCUUCAGCGAAGAUCCCUUGUUGGCGGGGAAACUCGCAUCCCAAGUCAUUCAAGGUGUGCAAUCAAAAGGUGUCGCUGCCACCAUCAAACACUUCGCUGCAAAUGAGCAGGAGACGGAACGCCUGUCAGUAGAUGAGACGAUCAGCGAGAGAGCACUCCGGGAGAUCUACCUUCGUCCCUUCGAAAUAGCCGUGAAAGAAGCGAAACCAUGGGCUAUCAUGACCGCCUACAACUCCCUCAAUGGCGAACACUGUGACUCAAACAUGUUUCUCUUCAAAGUCUUGCGCGGGGACUGGGGUUGGAAAGGUCUCGCCAUGAGCGAUUGGGGUGGCACGAACUCCACCGCUGAAGCAUUGAAUGCGGGCUUGGACCUGGAAAUGCCGGGCCCUACAAACAAACGAAAAAUUCCUGACGUUAUUUCUGCCAUUAGGGACGGCAAGGUAUCCGAGAGCACAAUUGACGAUAGAGCGCGAACAGUGCUUGAGUUUAUUAACAGACUUAAGGCAUUCAAAGAUCCCAUAAUUCCACCAGAGAAGGCCAUCAACAAGCCAGAGCACCAGGCCUUGAUUCGUGAGGCCGGUGCGAAGGGAUGCGUUCUUCUCAAAAACGACAAUAAAGUACUUCCCCUGAGUAAAGACAAGGUCAAAGGCAAGAAGAUCGCAGUUAUUGGUCUUGCCAAGACUCCUCUCGCGCAUGGCGGUGGUAGUGCAAGUGUCCAGGCACAUUAUAAGAUCGCACCUUUGGACGCUUUGAAAGAAGCCUUUGGUGACUCGACAGAUUUGGUAUUCGCCAAGGGUGCGCACACAGAGCGCCUGUUGCUGCCAGUCGGCGAAGACGCAUCUGCCGGAUCCAUUAUUGGACUAGAUGGAAAGCCAGGUUUUACGUUGCAGCUCUUAAACAAGGACACCAACACGGUAGAAGAGACCAAGAACGGUCAGCCAUCAUCCAAUGUGUCUCCAAUUGGAAGCCGAGCCACCUUCUUCAAGAUAGUAGAUCUCAUCGGGGAUUUCACGCCCGCUGAGACGGGUUCUCAUUACUUGGGCUGCACAGGUCUUGGUGUAACCCAGGUUUAUAUCAACGAGAAGCUGGUUUACGAUCAGCCCAAGCCAUUUUUAGAUGCGAUGGGAUUCUUGUUUGGCGCAAUAUCCGAGAAACAGUUCACUCACCCAUUUACUGCUGGAACAACCUACCGUAUCAAGAUUCGCAACUUUCCACCCAUAGAUGUUCCUGGCUUGGAGAUUCUCAACGGAAGACCUGGUGUUCGCCUUGGUCUUCAACUUGCUUCAGCACAUGACGCUGAUCUGCAAGGUGAGGCAUCUGCCAUCGCCAAAGACGCUGACUACGCUAUCGUUUUUACUGGUCACGAUCCCCAAUGGGAGACAGAAGGUCAAGAUCAAGUUUCCUUCAAUCUACCUCGGCAAGGCACGCAGGAUGCACUUGUGAGUGCUGUCGCAUCCGCAAACCCUAACACCAUCGUGGUCAACUCAACGGGCGUCGCUAUUGCACUACCUUGGCUGGACCAGGUCGCUGGGUUGGUGCAUGCCGGCUUUCCAGGGCAGGAAGUUGGCAACUCCAUUGCUGAUGUCUUGACGGGCGCUGUCAACCCUGAAGGUCGUCUGCCAAUGACAUUUCCUAAGCGACUCGAGGAUGCUCCCGCGUUCGGCAAUUUCCCUGGCGAGUACGUGAACGGCCAGCAGAAGGUCGAGUACAAGGAGGGCGUCUUCGUGGGUUACCGCCAUUAUGACCGCAUUGGAGCUGACAAGGUCAACUUUUCCUUUGGUUAUGGCUUGUCGUACACCUCUUUCGAGACAGCUAACCUGCGUGUCUCCCGAAAAUCGGAGACGGAGUACUCGGUGACCGUCGAUGUUUCGAACACUGGCAGCACGCAGGGUGGUACGCUGGUUCAGGUCUAUGGCGGCAACUCCGAAACUAGCGUUGAGCAUCCGAUUAAGAGCCUCAUUGCCUUCAAGAAGAUUAGGCUCCAGCCCGAUGAAACGCAAACUGUUCAGCUGUCCAUCUCUGCAAGGGACCUCGGCUUCUUCGACGAGUCAAAGAACCAAUGGGUCGUGCCGGCUGGACAAUAUAACUUUUCUGUGGGCAACUCAGCCUUGGACAUUAUUCAAACGGUCAAGGUCGCUGUUGAGGAAGAGCUAACAUUUUCUCCCUGAGAAGUUCUCCGAUAUCAAUGAGCCAAGUCUUGCAUUGCGCUGGCAUGCUUGUUGAUUGUAGCGUCUAUCUAACGGAUUUGAAUGGUAUUUAAUGCGAUUGGCACCCAUUGCUUUAUGAUCUGUGGCACGAGGUCAUGGCCGUUUAUACUUGCUUCGAAUAUAACAGCGUUUCUGUAUUAAUCAUGUUUUUGAGCUAUAAAUUGUCUAAAUGCAUUUGAAGUUUUCAGGAUGCCAAAAUUUGAUAAUAGUUAAACUCUAUGAUUACAACAACUCGGCGGCUUUGUUGUUACCUUUUACCUUUGUGGCCAACGGUCAUCAUUGCAUGUGGAUGCCCUGUCACUUUGUCUCAGACUAGUCCAGAC